UAACCUCACUUUCUUUGAAACAGAAACCGAAAACCAAGCAUGGAAGGAUGGAAGAAAAUAAAUUCUGCUUUAUAUCUUAUUUUAUAAUGCUACAUAUUUAUUUAUUCUGAACGUAAAAUCUUGUGCACGUUUUUUUUUAUCUAUGGUGAGCCUUGGUCAUAUGCAAGGAUGGAAGUGUUUCGAUAUUCUAGUCAUCAAUUUGAUCAACUUGGAAAAUCUCGGUGCCUGGGCAUUAUGCUAUCGUGAUACAACAAUAGUUCAAGAUGAGCUGGUGAAGGAAAAAGGCUAGCACUCCAAAUCUAAAGGAUAAUGGCUUGUAAAAAACCGGCAGUAUACUCUUCACAGGCGGAUGUAAUCCGAACUAAAUGUCAGGAAAAGAUUUGGCUGUUCAUGAAAAGGAGUUCACUCUUCCAUACUCAGGAACAAUUAUCAAUAACAAGUGAUAGCUGCACUAGGAGCUGCCCAGUGAUAAGCCAUGACAGCUUCUGUGACGGAAAUAUCUCAAGACAUCGUGAGGAUCAGGACUGGGAACUUCAAUGGCGGCAUGGUUGAACACGCACAGGAAGCAUGUUGAUGAAACGUGGACGCCCGCCGCCGCCGUCGAGGAGAUGUGGAGCAAAGUAAGCGGCGAGUUAUGUCAGUGCACAGGGGGGCAUACGCAGAGGCUGAGGCAGAAGGAACCACCGUGCGGAACAGAGCACGCUUGUCGCAACCAUUUCACAUAGUGGUGGGCCCCAGCCACAUCACGUGACUCACCGGACGGCUCCAGAAUGGUAAGAGGAUGGACUGCCGGGGUCCCGCUCCUGGCACUGCUAGCGGCUACAGCAUGGGCCAAUCCCACGCCUGCGCACUUCCACAUCCAGGGGCCACACUACACGCACUACCAGUCGCAGGAGGUCGGCACCCAGCACUACCAGGAGCCCCACCAGGCGCACUACCAGGAGUCGCCGCACUACCAGGAGCCACAGGAGUCGCAGCAGCACUACCAGCGACAGCAGCCGCCCCAAGCCGCCACCCAAUUCCACCAGUCCCAGUCCAUAUCGCAGGAGGUUUUGCAGCCGCAGUAUACCAGGGUGGAAUCACCUCCCUAUCCUGCAAAAGACUCUCCGAAAGGUCUAUCUAAAAAGGCCAACCAUCAACAGCUGCAUCGGUUACAAAUGCAGUAUUUGCAGGAACUCGAAGCAGAUGUUGUCAACGCCGUACAGACGAGAGGUAUAGCCGAGACAAUAAAACUGGAGCAGAAAUUCCAGGAAGAAAUCCUAGCUGCAGCCGUUGAGACUCUGACGAAAAACAAGGGAAAUCCCGAGAAGCAGGCGCAGGAUUUGAAAGAAAUAGAAAAUCUUGUGAAGAGGGACAAGAGAGCUGUCGAAGUACUCACUACUCUACUAGGAUCGAGCAGUGGAAACAAGCUGGGAGGAGGCGGUGCUGGAGGCGAUGAUGCCGGCAGCUCUGGUUCGGGGACCAUCCUCAACCUCUUGGGUCCACUCUUGGGUAGCAGUAGUGGAGGGGGUACAGGAGGAGAUGGCGGGGAUGCUGGAUCUGGUUCAGGGUCGAUUCUGAGUAUUGCUGGCCCACUUUUGGGCAGUAGCAGUGGGGGUGGAGGAGGUGGAGGAGUUGAAGGAGAAUCAGCUGGUGGCUCAGAUUCAGGAUCAAUUCUCAACCUAGUUGGGCCUCUUCUUGGAUCAAGCAGUGGUACACAAUCAGAUGCAGAUGGUGUUGGGGAGGGAGGAGGUGGUUCGAAUCUGUUGAGUGUGCUGAGCAGUCUGCUAGGCAGUAGCAGUGGAGGAGGAGGCGGCGGGGGUGGUGACGCAGAAUCAGCUGGAGGUGGUGGCUCAGAUUCAGGCUCUAUUCUGAAUCUGAUUGGACCUCUUUUGGGUAGCAGCAGUGGUGGUAGCUCCAGUGGCGGGGGAGGAGAUGUGGAGGGAGGAGGAGGAGGGGGAUCCGAUUCAGGCUCCAUCCUGAAUUUGGUUGGCCCACUUUUGGGCAGCAGUAGUGGUGGCUCCAGUGGUGGGGGAGGUGAUGGGAGUGGCAACGCGGCUGGUGGAUCAGACUCCGGGUCGAUUCUGAAUCUGGUUGGGCCACUCCUUGGCAGUAGCAGUGGCGGCAGUUCGUCCGGCGGUGGUGACGCUAGUGGCGGUGGAGGAGGCGGAUCGGACUUAUUUGGACUUAGCAACUCAAGCGGAGGAGCAGGUGGAUCUGUUAAUGGUGCCAAAGUUGGAAUUAUUCAGCAAAAACUACAACUAUUUCUAAGGCUAAAGUUCGCAAUCUUCACGAAAAUCCUCAACACUCUGACAGGAGUUUUAGGUUCAUCAUCAGGUGGAACUCAAGCAGUGCCCAUCCAUGAACUCAAGUAUCCAUCGUAACACAAUCUCCAUCAACACUGUCAUCAAUAUUUUGAAUAUGACAAAUGAUAAACAAAAUUUAAGAUCAAAGAAAACAAUUGAAAAACGUUUCUCUUGAAUAAUGUGGACAAGUAUGAUCAGCGUCUAAUUACAUUUUAGAGAUUUCAAACAUAAUAGAAAUUACUGUAUUAUCAUUAUAUAUCAAGUUUGUUACGCUAAUGUAGCUUAGAAGGACUUGUCCACACAAUUUUUCUACGAAUUGAGUCCUUUCUCAGGUUACAUUCCUUGUAUGAAAAUUGAAGAAAAUACGUUUACCAUCAAUAAAAGUUACCUAUUUCUGAAGUUACCUUGAUUAUCAUUUCAUGUUAUAAUAAAUUUGAAGCAGAACUUGCGUAGUUAUAUGAAAGUGCUCAGAGAAUAGUUUGUAAAACAACAAAUAUUUUGCAAUAUUGUUAGAUUUAUAUUGAAAAAUUGUUUAAUCAUGGAAUUAUUGUAACAUAAUGUUUGGUAUUUUGUCUUGAAUAUUAAUGUUUCAUUUAAAACAUUUGUUAGUAGUGGUUGUUUCCUUCUACAAUUUGUUUCUGAUUUAUCAAUUUAGGAAUUAAUUUAAUUGAAAAAAACUUAUGGCAAAUUUCAACUUUUUUUCAGAAACAACUCUACUUCUCUACUGAUAGUAAUGUAAGACAGUUUGAGUUAUAGAUUGGAAGAAAAAUUAUUCAGUAAACUGUCACUAUACACAUACUUUGUAUAAAUAUUAUUUUUGAAUUAUGAAUUUUUGAAAAUUCAUAUUUCUUUUCUAACUUACAUGAUAAAUUCCUCCACAAAAGCUCAUCUCAUUUCACUUUAUGAGUUGAUUAAUGUUUUUCUUCUCAAUUUCAUGAACUUUGAAUUUUAUUUUCUCUUGAAAGAUCUUGUUUGAUUGAAUUUAUUAUCAAUAAACUAAUUAGUGCUGCGUUACAAAGAUCCCUGUAAUAAUUGUUAUCAAUUUAAAUUCUAAUCUUUCAAGUUCAGAACUCUGCGUUUCAAUUCAUCUAUAUCAUUGUAAAUUAUCUUCAUAAAGUAAGGCUCACUUACAUUGUAUAGUUCAUUGUAUUAUAAUUUAGAUAAUCUAGGUUAGGGUGAAUUAUUGAAAUUGAUAAUCAAAAUUAAGAUGAAGAAGUUAAGAAUAAAAUAAUGAUAUCUACACAAACAAGUCAUUGUAUUAAUGGUAUCAAGUUACAUUGAAGUAAUUUUUAUAAUCAAACCACGAUAAGUUGGAUAUGAUGAGCAUGAUAUCAAAUGAUUCCAUUUCUUCAAAUCAAAUUCCUCUGCUCAAUAAAUCAUGAUGAAUUAUUUCAUUAUAUAUUAUAUGCAUCAUUAAUAGCAAGUUCAUACCAUUAAUACGUACGGUACGUACCAUUAUUAGAAAUUUACUCGUGUAAUUCAUUCUUAUCAUGUCAUAAUUAUGUAGGCCUAUUUUAUAAAAUCUUGUUUUCCUCUUGUUUUUAAUCUUUGUUUUAUUGGUGUCAUCUGGAUUGAUAUUCUAUGAACCAUUAUAAUCUUUUUUUUAAUUGAAUAAUUGUGAAAUUCACCAUUUAAUAAUUAUAUAUAUUGAUAAAAUUAUGAAAACCAGUUAAAUUACAUUGAAAAUUUAAAAUCAAAUUCCUCUAUAAAUCAAAAAUCUACCUUAAAUCAAAUUUUUUUUGUAAAAAACUUCUACAUUGACGUUUUCAAUACAAAUUAUGUAGGCCUAUUUAUAGAAUCACAUUGUUCAUGAGAGAUAAAGAAUUGAAUGUAUGUGAUUCGAAAUUGAUACAUCUUGAUAGAACUGCCAAAGUGUAAAAUGCUCAUGUAUUGUGAAUGUCUUUAUUUUCUGAAUGGAGUGUGUAGAGAUAAUAAUUUUCUAAUCUUAUAAUAAUAACUAGACUGUAAAAGAAUUUAUUUAGGUAAUAAGAUUUGUAAUAAAAUUUAUGAAUGAAGA